GUUACUCUGACGGCUGCUGGGAUACAAUAGGACUGAAUGUACUGGCCUGAUGCUUCUCCACUCCUCUCCAUUUUUCACUUGAUGACAAGGAAGACAGACUGAGACGGGACAGCAUGUUAUCAGAGGACGCCCCUGAAGUAACCUCGCGGACUAAUGGGGCUUAUACUGCUGAGCCUGAUACUGCGGUACUGGAUCAACACCGUGGAGGGAUCAUGUUCUGCCAGCAAUGCUGUGACUUGUGACCAGUGUCUGCAGAUCAGUUCCCACUGUGCCUGGUGCACCCAGGAGAAUUUCACUGACUGGUUAUCAGUCAGCAAGAGAUGUGACACACUGGAUAUCUUAUUAGAAAAGGGAUGUGCCAGGGACCAGCUGCAGUUCCCUGUUUCUAAAGGUCAAGUCUUGCAGGAUCGUCCACUUGGGAAGAAGACGGGCAAUGUCAACAGCACUCAGAUCUCACCUCAGAAAAUGUCCCUCAAGCUGCGACCUGGUAGUCAGGUGACUUUUCAGGUGAAGAUUCAGCACACAGAGGACUAUCCUGUGGAUAUCUACUACUUGAUGGACUUGUCAGCAUCCAUGAUAGAUGAUCUGAACAUGAUCAAAGACCUGGGUUCCUCUCUGUCUAAAGAAAUGGCGAACCUCACUAGUAAAUUUAGAAUGGGCUUUGGAUCCUUUGUGGAGAAACCUGUCCUGCCCUUCAUCAAGAUCACAGAAGAACAACUCGCCAACCCUUGCAGAGAUGUGGACAUCACCUGCCUGCCAACAUUUGGAUACAAACACGUUUUGUCUCUCACGAGCAGAACGGACAAGUUCAAUGAGAUCAUCAGAAAGCAGCGUGUUUCUGCAAAUGUUGAUGUGCCAGAGGGAGGCUUUGACGCUGUCAUGCAGGCAGCAGUUUGUGGGGACAAGAUAGGCUGGAGGAAUAAUUCCAUGCGUUUGCUGGUGUUCGUCAGUGAUGCUGACUCACACUUUGGGAUGGACAGUAAGAUGGCCGGCAUUGUGAUUCCUAAUGAUGGGCAAUGUCACCUGGAUGUUAACAAUGAGUACUCCAUGUCUACAGUGCAAGAGUAUCCCACUCUUGGUCAGCUGAUCGAUAAGGUAGUGGAGAACAAUAUCCUACUGAUAUUUGCUGUGACAGAAAAACAGAAAGCCAACUAUAAGAACUAUGCAAAUUUCAUACCUGGCGCCACAGUUGGAGUCGUGGAGUCAGAUUCGCGGAACAUCCUGGAACUGAUUGUGACAGCGUACAAGGAGCUGCGUUCAGAGAUUGAGCUGGAGGUCCUUGGAGACACAGAAGAGCUCCAGUUGUCCUUUACAGCUUUUUGUCCGAACGGGAGUGUCCUACCUGAUACGAAACGCUGCUCCAAUAUUAAACCUGGAGAGACGGUAGUGUUUAAUGUGACUGUGGAGCUCUCAGGAUGCCUGCCAGGGGUCCGGCACUUCUCCAUCAAACCCGUGGGCUUACAGGACAGUUUGGAGGUGGACCUGGAGUCUCUUUGUUCGUGUGACUGCCGGCAGCCUCCCGAAGCAAACAGCAGCCAGUGCACCGAGGGUCAGGGGUCUUUCCACUGUGGUGUAUGUGUGUGUCAGCCGGGGUUCACGGGAGCUGAAUGUGAGUGCAAUGAAGACAGCGCUGUGUUGAGUAGCUGCCUCGCCAACAAUGAGUCUGCGAUAUGCAGCGGUCAGGGGCAGUGCUACUGCGGACAGUGUGUGUGCCAUGCAUCCAGUUUUGGACGCAUCUAUGGACCUUACUGCGAGUGCGAUGACUACUCCUGUGUUCGGUUCCGUGGGGAGCUCUGUGGAGGCCAUGGGAUCUGUGACUGUGGGGAGUGUCACUGUGAGAGCGGUUGGACAGGAGAGUACUGUAACUGCAGCAGCAGCACUGAGUCAUGCAUGUCAGAGGAUGGCACUGUCUGCAGCGGCCGGGGAAGAUGUGAGUGUGACCAAUGUGUCUGCUCAGUACCUGGAGCAUCUGGGGACAAGUGUGAGAAGUGUCCAACAUGUGGAGACGCCUGCAGCUCUGCAAGGACCUGUGUAGAGUGCCAUCUGCAAGAUAAAGAUGAGGCUGAGUGGUGUGAUCAGAAGUGCAGCUUCCCGAAAGUUUUCAUCAACACAACAGCAGAGCAUGACAAGGGUGCUUCUAUGCAAUGCACGCUAAUGACAGAGAAUGAGUGCUGGAUCUCCUUUAAUGCUGUGGCAGGCGAGACGGGGAUCACAGCCCACAAUCCCCAGAUAUACGGUUGUCCAGAGCCACCCAACAUCCCCAUGAUUAUUCUGGGGGUCUCCCUCUCUGUGGUGUGUAUUGGCAUGAUCCUGCUUGGUGUGUGGAAGGUGCUGGUGUCUGUCCACGACCGUAAAGAGGUGGCCAAGUUUGAGGCUGAGAAGUCCAAGGCAAAAUGGCAAUCAGGCACCAAUCCUCUGUUCAGAAGCUCCACAUCAACAUUUAAAAAUGUCACUUAUAAGAGCGCACAGAGAGAAAAGAUUAUCACACUGGAUCCCUACUAUUGACAAUCUGGAGGAGAACAGUUAUCUGAGUGCACUUAACUGUGUGUGUGAGUGAGUGAAUGUUUGAAGGUGUGUGAGAGAGACUGAGUGUGUAUAUUUGGUACUAAAAAUGUGUUUUUAUUGUAUGAAUCUCUAUGUUGAUUCAGAGAAGAUGAACCACAGUCAACAACACUGUGGUGGACAAACAUGAUGAAACUGCUGCUGUAAAAGUGCACUGCCAUUGUACCGUUAAACACUGAACUUCAUUGCUGCGUCCUACUUUAACAAAGCUUUGUCUACUGUAACAUGCAGCUUGGGAAAGAGGAGUCUCCACUUCUCAUGGUCUACUACUGAAAAAAAUCUUUGUUUUAUUCAAAUGAAUGUAAAUAUACAAGUGGAUGAUUUUUUUUAAUAUUGUGUCUGUUAUUUUAUUGUAAAAUAAGGCUGAGCCUUAAAUAUUGAUAAUUGAGCUGUAAGUGGCACGGCACAUAAAUAAAGUGAAUUUUUGACUCAUUGCUAAAAAAAAUAUGUUGCAUUCAGGGUAACACCCCAUCCAUAUGUGUCGAUUAGAUUGUUUAGAUUUGGUAUGGUGAAACAGGUUUUAAGUUACGUUUAUUUUGUUUGCAGUGAAACAGUAAAGAGAGAAUUUCCUUUUUCUCUCUCAAGGCCA